CCCUGUUAACUAACAUGAUUUCUCUGGCUAUUAUUCUCCCUCCCAAUUCUCAUGGAUGACAUUCAAUCUUGAAUUCUUAGCAUCAUUCAUCAAAUAUGUAUUUAAUUUCUAAACCCAGAAUUUGAAAAAUCUUUCUUGAAUUUGAUAGUGAUGCUAGUCAACCUAUUUUCCAUUCAUUUAAUUUAUACUUAAGUUUUGACCUUUUCAUACUAAAAAAAUCACAUUAAAAAUUCACAAUCACAUUUUAGUUUUGCCUUCAUUUUGCUUGCUUGAAAAUGUGAGUAAAGAAUGAUUAGGCUGCCAAUUCUUCAUCAAUCCCAAAUCUUCUUGUUACAAGAAGAUUAUCCACAAAUUUUAGAUACCAGUGUUAAGUGCAGGGAAAAAGAAUGCAUAUCCUUGUUGAAGAAAUGCAAAGCUAUGGUAGGAUUGAAGCAAGUUCAUGGGCAAAUGCUAAAGUUGGGAUUAUUUUAUGAUUCAUUUUGUGUUAGUAAUUUAUUAGCUAAUUGUGCUCUAUCUGAUUGGGGAAAUAUGGAUUAUGCAUCAUUAAUAUUUAGCCAAAUUGAUGAUCCAGGUACAUUUGAAUUCAAUACCAUGAUUAGAGGGCAUACAAAGGAUAAGGAUUUUGAAAAAGCUCUUAAUCUGUUUGUUGAAAUGCUUGAAAGAGAAAAUUCUCCUGAUAAUUUCACUUACCCUACUGUUUUUAAGGCAUGUGCUGGUUUGGGUUUGAUUAAUUUAGGAAAACAGAUUCAUGGGCAAGUCUAUAAACUUGGAUUUGAUGAUGAUUUGUUUGUGCAGAAUAGUUUAAUCAACAUGUAUGGGAAACGUCGGGAGAUUGGAGACUGUUGUGCUGUGUUUGAAAGAAUGGAGCAGAAAAGUGUUGCUUCUUGGAGUGCCCUUGUUGCAGCUCAUGCUAAUUUGGGUAUGUGGUGGGAUUGUCUCGAGAUUUUUGGAGCUAUGAUGGGAGAAGGAAGUUGGAGGGCAGAAGAGAGCAUUUUGGUGAGUGUGAUUUGUGCUUGUACUCAUUUGGGUGCCCUUGAUUUGGGAAAGUCACUACAUGGGUACUUGAUGAGAAACUUGAGUGGCCUAAAUGUUAUAGUUGAGACUUGUUUGAUUGACAUGUACAUGAAAUGUGGCUCCAUAGAAAGGGGGCUUUCUCUCUUUAACAAGAUGAAGUCGAAGAAUCAAUUGUCUUACAGUGUGAUGAUUUCAGGCCUCGCAAUCCAUGGGAACGGUCACGAGGCACUUGGGUUGUUUUCAGAAAUGCUGAAGCAAGGUAUUGAACCAGAUGAUGUUGUGUAUUUAGGUGUGCUAAGUGCUUGUAGGCAUGCGGGCCUUGUCGAAAAGGGUCUCGAGUUAUUCAAGAGAAUGAGACUUGAGCAUCUGAUACAACCGACAAUCCAACAUUAUGGUUGUAUCUUGGACCUCUUAGGCCGAGCUGCCAUGUUCGAUAAAGCAAUCAGUCUAAUCGAGGAAAUGCCAAUGGCACCCAAUGAUGUAGUGUGGCGAAGUCUCUUAAGUGCUGCAAGAGUUCAUUCUAACUUGGAAGUCGGAGAGGAAGUGUGCAGAAAGCUGAUGCAAUUAGGAUCAGACAAUGCCGGGGACUACAUAAUAAUGUCGAAUAUGUAUGCUCAAGCUGAAAAAUGGACAGACGCUGCUAAUACUCGAGCUAAGGUGGCUGACAGAGGAUUAGAUCAAACUGCUGGGUUGAGUUUGGUUGAGGUAAAAAGAAAGGUGCACAAGUUUGUGUCACAGGAUAAGUCGAGUUGCAACUGGGAAGAAAUAUACGAAAUGAUUCACCAAAUGGAAUGGCAAUUGAAAUUCGAAGGGUAUAAACCCGAUACGUCAGAAGUUCUUCACAAUAUAGAUGAAGAAGAAAAACUUGAAAGGUUAAGGUAUCAUAGUCAAAAGUUGGCCAUAGCUUAUGCACUUCUUCAUACACCGGAAACUACAACUAUCAGAAUAGUAAGAAAUGUCAGAAUGUGUCGAGAUACUCAUACAUACACAAAGUUCAUAUCUGUAAUCUAUAAUCGGUUGAUUGUCGUUAGGGAACGAAAUCGUUUCCACCAUUUUAAAGAUGGAACUUGUUCUUGUAGAGAUUACUGGUAAAUAAAUCUACUUUUUUCAUCUCUAUUUUCUGUUUCUUCAAUUGCCCAACAAUGUAAAAAGAAUGAUAAAUACAGCUCUAGAAAGUAAAGGAAUCAAAAUUAUUAUUGAAAUGUGA